AGGACUUGUUUUUUUUAUACGCAAACGACCUGUUUGAUGAAAUGCCUGAGAGGACUUGUUCUUUUUAUACCAAAGCGACCUGUUUGAUGAAAUGCCUGAGAGGACUAUUGUUUUUUUUACGCACGCGGCCUGUUUGAUGAAAUGCCUAAGAGGACUCUUUGUUUGUUAUACGCACGCAACCUGUUUGAUGAAAUGCCUAAGAGGACUCAGGUUUGCACCAAAAGUGAAAAUGCACAAAAUAACUGUGAUUAGUCUCUUUCAUGCAAUCUUUUUAGAGUGAAAUGAUUCUUGGUUUGUAUCUAAUAUUCUAUAAAUUCCUUUUCUUGUACCUUUUCUUGCUCAUCUUUUGACAAUGAAAAAGAAGAAAUUCAACACAAACACAUAGAAGACAAAUAUAAGAACAUCAAUUUUAUUAAUAUAAAUCUUCAGAAGCUGCCAGUUUUAGUAAUAUUCCCUUAUCAUGUCUUCAUUUUGCCUAUAAAAAUGCCGGUUUUCGCUGUUUAAUCAUCGUCAGUUUAGAAAACUGCAGCAUAUCCAGGCGCGCAAAAUGAACAAUUCUAAACGAUACGUCAGAUUUGAUGCUGACGUGGAAUCCGCUGAACUCGAUACUUCAUCAUUAAAGAACGACGACUCUAAACUCGUGAAAAAGCUUUCGCGAGUGUUCUCAGAGGAUUACGCGAAAACCAACCAAACUGUUCUUGAUCCGCGAGGUGCAGCCAUAAAUCAAUGGAACUAUUUGUUUCUAAUCGCAGCUCUGAUCUCACUCGCAGUAGACCCGCUUUUCUUCUACUUGCCUGUGACCAAAGAGGGCAUGUGUCUUGAUGAGGACGUUAACCUCAAGAUCACACUAACUGUCAUCCGUACGAUCGUCGAUAUCCUUUAUGCGGUCAAGAUUUUUGUUCGGUUCCGUACGGCUUAUGUCGCACCUUCUUCCCGUUUGUUUGGAAGAGGAGAGUUGAUUCUAGAUUCUUCUAGUAUUUCCGAGCGGUAUCUGAGGGGUGAAUUCUGGCUCGAUUUCUUGGCCACGCUUCCGAUUCCGCAAGUGAUGUCAUGGUUCCACAUUGUCGAUAAGUCGGAAAUGAUAAGUACUAAAACGAGCGUGUUAUACUUCGUAAUAUUACAGUUCGUCUUGCGGCUUUAUCUCACGUUUAGACUCGGGUCCCGUAUAUCAAAACAAGCCGGUCUAGUGGCUAAUGUCGCGUGGGUCGGAGCUGCUUACAAUCUAGUCCUGUUUAUGUUGGCUGCUCAUGUGAUUGGAGCGAUGUGGUAUCUUUUAGCGAUCGAGAGGCAAGGGAUAUGUUGGGUGGAAAUGUGCGACAAAGAAACCGAAUGCGAUCAUUGGUAUUUUGCUUGUGUUAAUGUAAAUCUUCCUAGACGCGAAGCAUGGUUUUCGACCAGUAAUGUCUCAAGUACAUGUGCUGAUCCCGAUAACUACCCGUACGGGCUUGUUGAAGAUGCAGUUCGAUACAGUAUCGCGUCUGCUAAUUUCUUUAAAAAGUACUCUUACUGUCUUUGGUGGGGCCUGAGAGGCUUAAGUUCAGCAGGCCAAGAACUUCAAGCGAGUCCGUUUAUAGCGGAAACGCACUUUUGCAUACUCAUCGGGAUUACUGGAUUGGUGCUCUUUGCUUUGCUCAUUGGCAAUAUGCAACAAUAUCUCGAGUCAAGAACUAAGCGACUGGAGGAGUAUCGAGUGAAACGGAUGGAUACCGAGCAAUGGAUGCACCACAGACAUCUGCCGCAUGAAUUGAGGGAACGUGUACGCAAACACGAUCUGUACAAAUGGAUCACAACCCGAGGAGUCGAUGAAGAAGAAAUUCUUCGAGCGCUUCCACUUGAUCUUAGAAGGGACAUCAAGCGUUAUGUAUGCGCCGAGCUCGUUAGAAGGGUUCCAUUAUUCGAUCAAAUGGAUGAACGCACCGUGGAUGCAAUAUGCGAAAGACUAAGACCCGUGAUCUCAACAGCCGGAACUUGUCUAGUACGAGAAGGUGACCCCACUAAUGAAAUGUUGUUUAUCAUGCGCGGACACCUAGAUUCCUACACUACUGGUGGGGGCCGAUCUGGGUUCUUGAACCAGUGUGAGAUCGGCCCAGGAGACUUUUGUGGUGAGGAGUUGUUGACGUGGGCACUGGACCCACGGCCAAGUGUCAUUAUUCCAUCAUCCACACGUACAGUCACUGCCAUUUCUGAGGUGGAAGCUUUUGCUCUCACCUCAGAAGAUUUAAGAUUUGUAGCCACACAAUUUCGUAAGCUUCACAACAAGAAACUUAGACACACGUUCAGGGUGCACUCGCACCAAUGGCGAACGUGGGCUGCUUGUUUCAUACAAGCAGCGUGGAAGCGGUACAAAAGGCGAAAAGAGGCCGGACUUAUUAGGGCUAACACUCAUACCACCAAGAACAAGUCAACUAGAAAGGAACUCGGUUUAUCAAUAUUGGCAACGAGUUUAAGAAGAGGGCAAGGAUAUGAUGAUGGUGACGAUAUCAUUCGGAGCCCCAUACCUCCAAAACCGAAGGAUCCCGAGUUCCUUGAUGAUGAUGAUAAUACCUAAAAGGAUGGAUUAAGUUUCAUAAGUUUGAUUGAAUAAUACAUUUGUUGAACUUAUUUUCUUAUAAAAAAGUAUUACUCACAUAUAUUUAUAUAUUAUUAUUUGAUAUGCAAA